UAAUUGUUUUAAUUAUCAAGAAUUCUGAAAUGUUACGAUCGGAAAAAGUGAAAGUUUAAAAACCAAGUGUCAAUUCGAACAAACCAACAGAUAAUCGCCAUCGCAGGAUGGCCCGGAACCACCGUCGAACGGUGAGCGACGUAUUCAACAUCGAAGUGGCAUCAGCGGAAGCUGAAUCGAACCGACUGGUGGUCGACCAGCAACUGCACCAACUGCAGCUGCAACAGCAGCAUCAGCAGCAGCAGAAUCUGGCCUUUUCCGAUAUCACCAAAUGUUCGCCAUCGUCGUCGUCCAGUGAUUUUCAGAGCACCAGCGACAGCAACUUUCUGCUGCGGGCCGAUGGCGCCCACCGACGACAGCAGCAUCAGUAUUGUUACGGUAGUGUUGACAACAACAACAAGCAGGCGACGGCGAUGAUAGCGAACGGCGGGGCCGAACUGGAUGAUGAUGUACUGCAACAGGUGCAACAGCAUCACCAACGGGAGGACGGGGUAUUAGAGCAUGAUGAUGUUGAUGAUGAUAAUGAUGACGACGAUGAAGAUGGAAUACGGGAGUACGCAAGCCGCAGCCGACAAGGUAGUCAGUUUGAGUCUAGUGCCGUUGCCGCCGACUGCGGCAGAGCAAGUCGAGUGGCUGUCGAUAGCUUUCGAAGAUGGUCGGCGAAUUUCGGCAAAAGUAUCAAGAACAAUAAACGCAACAUGUAUAAUAAAACGAUCCGUUUCAUGCCGUCACGGUUGCAGAAAACUCUUUCCAUCGAUGGCGAUCUGAUUACGUCCACCGCUUCCGAUGUGGAGCACAUCACGAUGGAGCUGGAGCAGAAGGAACAGCUGAUGGAGGACAAUCCACUGUCGGAACAGCUGCGCAUCGAAGCGAUCAAAUCGAUGGCUCAGACGCUGUCGAUUAAGCGGCAGAUCAGGGCUAAUCUGACCCGCACGGUAAACCGCCGGUCGGUCAGUCGUUCCAAGUCGUUUGGCCUGCUGAGGAAAUGCAAAUACGGCGGGAAAAUGUACCUCAGUCGUUCGAUGAAGUUCGUCAAGCACGCGAUUACGAACUUCGAACUGUUCUAUGGCAGUAUGAAGGAAAUCGAGGGACACUUUGGUAGUCGGAUCAGUGCCUAUUUUAAGUUUCUACGCUGGCUGCUAGUGCUGAAUCUGCUUGUUGUGGUGUUCGUGUUUUGGUUCGUUACUUUUCCGCAGAUUUUGUACGCUGGAUUGCAGGAAGCAUCGCGCGAUUCGGAGGGAAAGCCCCUCAAUGUGUCACAGGAUGUUGUUGAGUCUACCGCUAAGAUGCUGCAGAAUGUUCGCGGGGAUUUUCGGUUUACGGAUGUGUUCACCGGAGAGGGUUAUCUAACGGAAUCGAUUAUGUUCUACGGUUUCUACACCAAUUCCUCCUUCACGCUGCUGCCGGGCACCUCUGAAUACAGUCUUCCCCACGCGUACUUUCUGACCGUAAUGAUAAUGUACCUAGCAACAUUUGCCUUCGUCUCACUCAGCAUGGCCCGCUCGUACCGGGUGAGCUUCAUCGAGUCCAGCGGAGCCGUUCACAACGUACUCACGCACAAGAUCUUCUGCUCGUGGGAUUUCGGAAUAGCGAAUGAGAAAGCCGCUCAGCUGAAGCAUGCCAGCAUCUAUCAGGAGCUGCGCGAACAUCUGACCGUAUUGAACCGUCCCGCGGUACCGUCCGGCAAGUGGUACCGACUACGAAGCACGGCCUUUCAUCUGACGGCGCACCUAACGGUGCUGUUGAUGAUCACUUCCAUCGGCUACGGAACCUGGAUGCUGCUGCAGCAGUUUGGCGAAACGGAACACUUCAGCACCUGGUCGGCGCUGUACGUUUCGAUCGCCACCAACGUCACGAUGCUUGCCUUUCAAUACAUUUUUCGAUUCAUCGCCGAAAAAGAGGACUACCGCCGAGCCUCCAUCGCCCUGAACAUCAAUCUACUGCGCAACUUCCUGCUCCAGCUGUGCAUCGUCGGCGUUUUAAUGUGCUACUGGUUAACCCGCUCGUACGACACCUGCUGGGAAACGCGCAUUGGCCAGGAGAUCUACCGCCUAGUGGUUGUUGACUUCAUAAUCUCCGUCCUGUUUCUAGCCUCCCUACAAGCUUCCCGCUACGCUCUGAAUCGCUUCUACUGCCGAACCAUUUCCCUACCGGAAUUCUGCCUAACCAACAACAGUCUAGGCCUUGUGUACAACCAAACCCUACUCUGGUUUGGACUCCUAUUCUCCCCACUACUGUGCCUGAUCGUCGUAGGCAAACUCCUAUUCAUUUUCUACGUCAAAAAACUCAGUCUAAUCUACUUCUGCAAAAUCCCGGACAAACUGUGGCGUUCCAGCCAAACGCACACCCUUUUCCUGGUGCUAGUUUUCGUGUCCCUGUUCGGCGUGAUCGUCACCCACGGGUACAUCAUGACCCAAGUCCCCGUGAGCAGCGAAUGUGGCCCUUUCCGCGGUAACACCUACAUGUACCAGCUGUUCAUGCAGGGAAUCCUCAAACUGCGCGAAGAGCACAUCUUCUGGAAGAUAUUCAUGUACAUCACCAAACCGGCCAUGAUUGGCGGACUGCUGUUGGCGAUGGCCGUCGUUGCCUACUAUCUGCGUGCGAAAUCGAAGGCUCAGAUUGCCAAGGUACGGCUGCUGAAGGAGAUGCUCUGCAUGGAGGCCAAAGAUAAGGAGUUUCUGCUGGCAAACAUCAGUAAGAUUACGCGUGGUAAGGAGUGGGAUUUCGAUAGGGAUUUGCUCGCUGGUCGGCAGAAUGGAGCCGAUAAGUACUACAGUGAUCCCAGCGGGACGUGGCGGUACGCCGAGAGUCCCCGUAAGAUUAGUGGAAAUUCCAUUGUUGGAGAGGACAACGAUAACGGACAAAGUCCGAAUGGUAUUUCCGGAUAUCAACGUAUUGACGAGUUGGGCGAGGAGCGAGUUCGAAUGAGACGGUUUUAAAAUAUGAUUAUAUACAGUGAUUUAAAUGUUUACACAAAGUCACUAAGUGGAACUUAG